GACCCGAAGGUUCGACCAGGCAGUGUGGACAUUAUGCGGCAUUGGCAGGCCCUCGGUUACCUCCUCAUCUACACUUCUGCCCGGCCAGAUAUGCAGCAUAAGCAGGUAUCCAUCUGGCUAGCCCAACACAAUUUUCCCACCGGGCUCUGCUUCUUUGUGGAUGGCAUCUUUGCGGACCCGCUGCGCCAAAAGAGUCUCCUCCUUACCGCCCUUGUGCAGCAGGCCCAUCUUCAUGUCCACUGUGCCUAUGGGUCCAGUAAAGACAUCCCACUUUACCGAUCGCUUGGCCUUCAACCUAGCCAAAUCUUCGCUAUUGGUAAGAUCUCCCGACGUCAGGCGCUAGAAGCCACUGUGAGUACCAUUUGUCUUUUACCUUAA